GAAUAAGAGCAAACCGGAAGUAGCGGCUCUCGCGCAUGGCGGUAGUUGAAAAUUAUAAAAGGUUGCAACACAAUCAAAUUACUUCUAUAUUGUUCGCAAAGGAAUACGUUAGUGCUUCGUUAUAACAGACUACAGUUCUCUACGAAAUGGAGGCUGAUCUGUACGACGAAUUUGGGAACUACAUCGGUCCAGAGCUGGACUCUGAUGACGACGAUGAAAAUGAUCUGGAUGCGGAGGACAGAGACGUUGAUGAGGGAGAUGAGAAUGAUGACGACGAGCCGGCUGAUGCCGAUGAGGACGUCCUUGGCAUGGAGGUGGUCCUGCAUGAGGACAAGAAAUACUACCCGACAGCAGAGGAGGUCUACGGGCCUGAAGUGGAAACUAUCGUCCAAGAGGAAGAUACGCAACCUCUUACAGAGCCCAUCAUCAAGCCAGUGAGACACAAGCAGUUCACCCUGAUGGAGCAAGAGUUACCCGCUACCGUUUACGACAUGGAAUUCCUUGCAGACUUGAUGGACAGUCCCGAGCUGAUCCGUAAUGUCACUCUGUGCGGUCACCUCCACCACGGCAAGACCUGCUUCGUGGACUGCCUGAUCGAGCAGACGCACCCAGAAAUUAGGAAAAGGGAUGACAUAGAUCUCCGCUACACCGACAUCCUCUUUACCGAACAGGAGCGGGGGGUUGGCAUCAAGAGUACCCCCGUCACAAUGGUGCUGCCCGACUCCAGAGGCAAAUCCUACCUGUUGAACAUCAUGGACACGCCAGGUCACGUCAACUUCUCUGAUGAGGUCACAUCCAGCAUCCGCAUCUCAGACGGCAUCAUCCUCUUCAUCGACGCGGCGGAAGGAGUGAUGCUGAAUACCGAGCGACUCAUCAAACACGCCGUCCAGGAGCACAUGGCCAUCACCAUCUGCAUCAACAAAGUGGACCGGCUCAUCGUGGAGCUCAAACUACCCCCCACGGACGCCUACUACAAACUUCGCCACAUCGUUGACGAGGUCAACGGGUUGCUCAGCACGUACUCCACUGACGAGAACUUGGUGGUUUCUCCUCUCCUGGGGAACGUCUGCUUCGCCAGCUCGCAGUACAGCAUCUGCUUCACCCUGGGGUCCUUUGCAAAGAUCUAUGCGGAUACUUACGGUGACAUCAACUACACCGAGUUUUCCAAAAGACUCUGGGGGGACAUUUAUUUUAACCCCAAAACACGCAAGUUCACAAAGAAAGCUCCCAAUAGUAACUCUCAGCGCAGCUUUGUGGAGUUUGUCCUGGAGCCUCUCUACAAAAUCCUCUCACAGGUGGUUGGAGACGUGGACACGUCCCUCCCCAGAGUCCUGGACGAGUUGGGGGUACACUUGUCCAAAGAGGAACUGAAACUUAACAUCAGGCCGCUGCUGAGGCUGGUGUGUAACCGCUUCUUUGGCGAGUUCACCGGCUUUGUGGACAUGUGUGUGCAGCACAUCCCCUCACCACAGGAAGGCGCUCGGAACAAGAUAGAGCACACCUACACCGGAGGUCUGGACUCGGACCUGGGGGAAGCCAUGGCUGAGUGUGACCCUGAAGGUCCUCUGAUGUGCCACACCACUAAGAUGUACAGCACAGAGGACGGCGUGCAGUUCCACGCAUUUGGCAGGGUGCUGAGCGGGACCAUCCAGGCGGGCCAGCCAGUCAAGGUCUUAGGAGAGAACUACACCCUGGAGGAUGAGGAGGAUUCCCAGGUCUGCACCGUGGGCCGGCUCUGGAUAUCAGUCGCCAGAUACCAAAUUGAAGUCAAUCGAGUGCCUGCUGGGAAUUGGGUCCUUAUCGAAGGAUGUGACCAGCCCAUAGUCAAGACUGCCACCAUCACGGAGCCCAGAGGGAAUGAAGACGCUCAGAUUUUCAGACCAUUGAAGUUCAACACGGCGUCCGUGAUAAAGAUUGCCGUGGAGCCCGUCAACCCGUCAGAGCUGCCCAAAAUGUUGGAUGGACUCAGGAAGGUCAACAAGAGUUACCCCUCCCUCACCACCAAGGUGGAAGAGUCAGGAGAACACGUCAUCCUGGGCACCGGGGAGCUCUACCUGGACUGUGUCAUGCACGACCUGCGCAAGAUGUACUCUGAGAUUGACAUCAAAGUUGCCGACCCAGUUGUGACCUUCUGCGAAACGGUUGUGGAGACGUCGUCCCUCAAGUGUUUUGCUGAGACGCCAAACAAAAAGAAUAAGAUCACCAUGAUCGCCGAGCCCUUGGAGAAGGGGCUGGCCGAGGACAUCGAGAACGAAGUGGUGCAGAUCACGUGGAACAGGAAGAAGCUGGGGGAGUUUUUCCAGACAAAGUAUGACUGGGAUCUGCUGGCUGCCAGGUCCAUCUGGGCCUUUGGACCCGACACGACGGGACCCAAUAUCCUUGUGGACGACACGCUGCCCUCUGAGGUGGACAAGGCGCUGCUGGGCUCGGUCAAAGACAGCAUCGUUCAGGGUUUCCAGUGGGGCACCAGGGAGGGGCCUCUCUGUGACGAACCCAUCAGGAAUGUGAAAUUCAAGAUCCUGGAUGCGGUCAUCGCCCAGGAGCCACUGCACCGAGGAGGCGGCCAGGUUAUCCCGACCGCCAGGAGGGUGGUGUACUCGGCCUUCCUCAUGGCCACGCCAAGGUUGAUGGAGCCGUACUACUUUGUGGAAGUUCAGGCUCCGGCUGACUGUGUGUCCGCUGUCUACACGGUGCUGGCGCGACGGAGGGGUCACGUGACUCAGGACGCGCCGAUCCCGGGCUCUCCACUCUACACCAUCAAGGCUUUCAUCCCAGCCAUCGACUCCUUCGGCUUCGAGACCGACCUCCGCACUCACACUCAGGGGCAGGCCUUCGCUCUGUCCGUCUUCCAUCACUGGCAGAUCGUCCCCGGCGACCCGUUGGACAAGAGCAUCGUGAUCAGGCCUCUGGAGCCUCAGCCCGCCCCCCACCUGGCCAGAGAGUUCAUGAUCAAGACCCGACGGCGCAAGGGCUUGAGCGAGGACGUGAGCAUCAGCAAGUUCUUCGACGACCCCAUGUUGCUGGAGCUGGCCAAGCAGGACGUGGUGUUGAACUAUCCCAUGUGAGUGCAAGGCCCAACACACACAAAAAAAAAAAACAAAAAAACAAGUCCAGUUUUCUUUUGUAUCUGCUUUUAUUUUCUAUAUGUACAAAAUGAUUGCUGGUAGAAUACACCAAACCUUUUUUUUAAGAAAAUGUCAUCCUGUUUCAACAAUAAUAAAAAAAGACUCUUUGUAAUUGCAA